UCCGGAGCUCCCCCAAAGAAUAUGCGCAGCAGCUCCCACGGCGGCAUCGACUCUCCUUCACCGUCGCGACCAGCCUACCUACAUGGGCAUCCCUGAGACCGCCCGCCGGACGAUGCUUGAGCGACUCUAGAUGCUAGAAUGAGCUUGGACCCUUUGCUUCCCAUUGCUCCCGCGAGGGUGAAGGCGCUGCUGCUACCCCUCGGAAGGAUCAAGGCGACCAGAUUUGCGUCGUUUGCCGAGAGGCUGCAGGCCGAGCAUGUCGUCCAGCUCAGGGACAUCAGCGCCGAUGGGCGCCCCAACAGGAACAUGUUCUCGCCAUUGGCGUAUCCCGACGGCGCAAUGCUCUACGACCUCAUCACCCACGUCCCUCCUCCCUCGCACCUCGCCCUCUCGCCAUUCGACCUCUUCCGAGAGCCAAUGGCCGUCCUCGCCAUCGCCGACGGCACAGAGCUGGGCGACGUGACGUACAGCAAAAGGGCCUCCAUGAAUGGUAAGGGACCUACGCCGGUGGAGAAGAAUAUCAGGGCGCUGUAUCAGGAGCUUGAGGACCUGCGCGACAAUUACCCCAAAGCUCUCAUACAUCGGGUCCUCAUCUUCGAUUAUGUCUCGCCGGCGACGGAAGUGCCCAUCCCCGAGGGCAUCGCGGCAAUUCCCCCGCCCGAAGAGUCGAAACGAACCACGAUGAAGACGGUCAUGUGCGAUAUAUCGUCGCUGCUGCUGGCUGAAAUGACAACGCUGGGGAAGUCGUACGAGGCCAUGACGGCAAUCGAGUCGCCCGGCGGCUACUCCCUGGCCAGGCAGCUCAGUACAACGUCGUGGGGCCCCGAUGCCACUUCGCCAACCAGUUUCACCAGGCGCAACUCCCAGUUUGCCAUACCACAACACCUCCAGCGCUCCAACUCUUCGGCAGGCUUACCUGAUCGAUCAGGGGGCCGCCUGUCGCUGCCUCCAGCUUCCCCACAAGGGAUGCCCGGUUCGAGCGUCUCAACGCCAGGCCGCCCAUCCACGCCCCUGAAGAGCAACCUUUCCAGCCCUCCCCUGACUGCGGACGAUUUCCCGAGUGCUUCGAGCCAGAGGUCAGAGUCACCUGAAGCGCACUCUAAGUCCGAUUUCGUCGAAGAUUCGAACCGCGUCUCCGUGCAAGGAUUUGGGCCUGGAGGAGCAAACGACCGGUGGCGCCUCAAAGGAAAAGGCAGGUCAUCCAUUGUGAUAGGGUCCAUGUACCUGCAGGCUGGUCGCUGGGGAGAUUCUUUAAAGGAGCUGAGCGAAGGAGCCGCCGCUGCCAAGUCGUUGAACGACCACAUUUGGCACGGAAAAGCUCUCGAGCUGAUUCUCAUGAACCUUUUGCUGCUUGGCUGGUCGGGGUUAACCUUUCAAAUACCGACCGUCUGUCUUCCCGCACAGGAUAAACACUCGUCCCUCAAGCCGGAGCCGGAAGAUACCGACCAGUCUCAGCCCAGGCACAUCCGAUAUCUCCAAGGCCUCCUCCCCGAACUCUUGGAUCGAAUAGUGGGCCUCUAUUCUAGAAUAUCAUCUGAGAACGUUCCCCCUUUGCCAUUAGCAGAGACUGUGAUCAGAUUCAGCAAGAUAUUGUCGGCCAUGCACUUUUGCGAUGGCAAGCUAGACCAACGGGCAUUUGAUAUGAUUGUGUUAGGCAAAGGACUGGAUAUGCAUCUCACAACGUCGCCGCGGCUGCUGAUAACGCCCACAAGGCAACAGAUCCUGACUCUCCUGUUCAAAGCAUUUCCUUCCACGGCCACCGAAUUGCUCACGACCGUUGACCGGAUCUCGAUCUUGAGCGGCAUCGCGGCUGUGCUGGGGCCCCUGGGCUAUCAUCGAAAGAAGGCCAUGGUGACUCGCGAAUUAGUCUCCGUCCUCAUUGGAGGGCUCGUCGAAGCGAGAACACGCGGAGCUGCGGAUGCCGGGGUCCAUCCCGCUGCAGGUCUGGUGGCGCUGACGCCGGGCGGCAAUGGGCAGGGUGCCACUGGGGCGAUGGCACUGGACCUGGCCGAGGGAGACAUUGAGCAGGGCAUCGAGGCCUUUCUCGAGCUCCUCUGCAAGUCUUACGGUGUUGUCGGCUUCGACAGGGCAAAGCCCCGGCGGCAGUCGCUUCGAGAAGGGUUUGACGACUCGGACGAAGCUGUGAUUGCUCGAAUCCGUGGCCAGAUGAAGACGAGAUUCUUCGGGUUCCCCGACAUUAAGCUCAACAUCUUGCGAGCAUGCAUUAACUUUUCGGAAGCUUUGCCGGACUUUAAUGGGGUUCUCAAGUUUUCCAGCGACCUGAUGCGCACGGCUGGAUCUGGCGUCGCUCCAGGCCCCCGCCGCGAGGAUGCAUCACCAAAGAUUCACCGAGACGAGCAGAUCCGUCUCGUGAGUAACAUUUCACGAACGUCGAAUCUCGUCAAGAAACUGGGGAUGACGCACUUGACCGCCGAGUUCUGGGAUGAGUUUCUUGUCCGGGAGAUUGCACUGGAGCCGCUCCCGAGUACCCGAAUCCCUAUCCCCCACGCCCGUAGCGUCUUGCCAGGAGAAACAACAAUGCGGGCGUCGCAGGAUGUCAACCCGUUCAUCUACAAUCCUUUCCUGCAAGAGCCAGACGAGACGGCCGCCGCAAACCUGGUUGCCGGCGAAGUGGCCAAGUUCAAGGUGACAAUCCAAAACACUUACGAUGUUGAGUUGGAUAUCGAAAGUAUACGUUUAGAAACGGAGGGCGUCGAUUUCGAAGCCAUGAGCGAAAGCACCAUUGUCGGCCCUUACCGGACGCAAGCAGUCCGGCUACAGGGUCUGGCAAAAGAAGCAGGCUCAAUCAAAGUCACUGGAGCAAUCGUCAAGAUCAAGGGCUGCAGGGAGAGGAGGUUCGCUGUCUUCCCGAAGCACUGGAAGCCUUACCAAGAGGACAAGAUCAAGGUCAAGGGUAUCGCAUCAGUCACCGCCCCCAUGAUGUCGGGCAAGUUUCACGACAUGCCCCUGGAGCCAUUCAGCCUUGACCUCAACGUCACCCAACCUCAGCCCCUGGUGACGGUGAAGUCGACAACACUUCCGCAGUCUUCCGUCAUGAUCCUGGAGGGCGAGAGACACAUCUUCUCCAUCACGUUACAAAACCAGUCCACGACACCGGUUGACUUUAUGCUCUUCUCGUUUAAGGAUUCGACUCAGGAGCCGCUACAGACGGCUCUGGCGAACCGAGAUGCUACGCCAGCGGAGCUAUAUGAAUACGAAUUGAUACUUUUAAAGAAACAGGCUCUACGACUCCCGCGGGGCACUGAAAGCCGUAAUAUUGCUCCGGGAGGGGAGGCGACGUUCGAGUUUGAGAUCCUCGGCAAGCCUGGGCUGACACAUGCCACAAUCAAGAUCGAUUACACGUACCUCGGAGUUCCUCGGGAUGAGGUAACAGAGCAGUUUUACACGCGACAAUUAUCGGUGCCGCUGACGGUCACGGUCAAUGCAAGCGUUGAGCUGGCAAGACUGGAUGCGAUACCCAUGCACGGUCUGAUUCCACAGCCACUCUGGGAGCGCUUGGGGGGCACGAAGCCAACGAAGCCCGACGAAUACUGCUUGCUGUCUGUGGACCUGAGAAAUGCUUGGCCUACUCAGAUGGCAGUCCACGUUGAAAACGAUGAUGGUAUGGCUGUUGAAGAAGGCAUUCUGCCGGGUAAAACGAGCCGAAUCAUCAUGCCCGUGAAGCGAGUGUACUUGGAGGACCCGCAUGCUCCGAUUCCAAGCCUGAACCCCUCAAAGAACAGGCAGUUUGUGGUGAGCACCAGCAAAAUCACACCCGAGAUGGAGCGCGCCAACAGGGAGGCGUUUUGGUACAGAGAACGGAUCCUCGACUCCCUCAAGGCGACCUGGCGUACAACAGCAGUGCCGAAGCGAAGUGGUACCAUCGAGCUCCGCAACAUUCGCCUGACCACCCGCAUAAUCGACAUUGUCAAGGUUGGCGAGGUUGGCAUUGAUGUCACCGUGGAACGUCCGGGAAACGGCGAGGGCAACAACAUCAGCACGGCGGUUGUCGAUGAAUUUAUACAGGUGCGGACGCGAGUGACAAACAGAACCAGUCAACCAAUCAAGCCCCUGGUGAGGCUCCUGCCGGCGCUGUGUCAUCGUUCUGUCAACAUUGCCCUCGACUAUACGCGCAAGUUUGUGUGGAACGGGACGCUGCAGCAACUUCUGCCAGAGCUGCCGGGUGGCGGCAGCACAGACUUUGUCAUUGGCGUGACAGCGCUUUGCAGGGGAGAGUUUGAGCUCACGGCGUCCGUCGAGGAAGUCGUGGUCUUGGAGGAGAGUGAGAAGGGAGACGGCGAUGAGCAGCCCCAGGGGCGCCCGCGGUCGGACACGCAGACGAGGGAGGAAAAGGCGAUUGGUGCAAAGGAGCGCAGGAUGUGGCAUUCACGACGACCAUGUAUAUUGAGGGUGAAGGAUGAUGACUGAACUAGAGCUUCUGAUGAUGAGACGUUGCUUUUCGGCCUCCGACGUCACGACGGCAAAUAGCGACUGCGACUGCGACGAAUAUUGAUGCUACAUACUAUAUUUAUACAGGUAGACCUCUUUGGUAUUUUCUGGAUUGUAUGAUACUACUACUAGGAAUUGUAUCAGAUGAACGUU